CUCGAAAAACCCCAUUGCAAUCAUGGCUGCCGUCUGUCCAGUAAUUGGCACAACCACCAAUGUUCUCCCACCCCACCACCCCGAAAUCCCCUCCGCCUCUUCUUCUUCUACCCUUCGUUGCCCCAUCACCAACGCCACAGUCGAACAUCACGACAACAUCAUCUCUCACCACCACCCUGCCUCCGAAAUUCCAGACUCCCAGAAGAUUGAUAACAAUGACAAGCAAGCGACGACAAUGGACGCUUCCAAAUGUCCUGCUCUUCAACAUCAAGCACAACAGCAAGUGAUGAAUGCGAAUGCCAUUUGUCCGGUCGUGGGACCUGUGAAUGCGCAUUUACCUCCUGAUCAUCCGCCGGUUUUGAGUGAUGAUGAGGGGGAGGGGGAAAAGGUGUGUCCAGUUACAAAGGCGACGGUGGAACAUCAUCGGAAAAAGGUGGCGGUGCAUAAGAAGGUGGAGAGUGGUGCUGGGGUGGAGAUGUGUCCGGUUGUUGGCGCGGGGAAGUAAAUGGGAAGAGGGAGGAGGGUAGAUGUAUGUGUGGAUGGGGCAUGGUUCACGAGGGAGGAGGAUUUCUUAGUAGUAGGUAUCAUGGGAAAAAGACUUGAGAAA